GCCACAAACAUGGCGGCGCCCUCCCCUCAACGGGUCACGUGCCGUGGGCGGGGCUUUCCUAGCGCGGGAAGAGAGCGCGGUGAGGGGAUUCGAGCGUACGCGCGUGUGCUGUGCGGUGCGAGGCGUCAGCCUGCUGUUGCCGUCAUGCUGCGGAGUCUCACCGUCGAGCAGGUGAACGAGUGGUUCACCAUUGGCAAAGAUGUGACUGCCGUUGAGUUCUUAGGUGGUCGUGCGCAGGCUGCAGCCUCGCGUGGUUCAUCUUGUCUCCCCAGCCCAUUUGCCGUGCAGGAGUCAUUGAGGCUGCCUACCCCUGCGAAAAGUGAAACUGAACGUGCUGAAAAAUACAGACAAGUGGGGGCCCAAAAGCGAGAUGUAUCUGGAAAUGAUCAGUUUGUCUGUGAACAAGAUACUUCAGUGCCUACCUGUGAGCCAGAUGUUUGGAAUUCCAUACCAAUAACAACUAACCAUAAAUAUGCUUGUAUGCCUGUAGCCAGACACAGGGAAGAGCUCUUGUCUCUGAUAAAAAGCAAUUCAGUUGUGAUUAUACAAGGAGCAACAGGAAGUGGUAAGAGCACGCAGGUUCCACAAUAUGUUCUGGAUUAUUGUGCUGAGCAAUCUAUCUACUGCAACAUUGCUGUUACUCAGCCUCGGAAAAUUGGUGCCAGCAGCAUUGCCAGGUGGAUUAGCAAGGAGCGAUCAUGGACACUAGGUGGAUUUGUAGGCUACCAGGUAGGUUUAGAGAACAUAUCCACAGCAGAGACAAGGUUGCUGUACAUGACAACUGGAAUCCUCCUUCAGAAAGUGGUUAAUGCCAAAAGCCUAAUUGAAUUCACACACAUCUUCAUUGAUGAAGUGCAUGAGCGUACCGAAGAAAUGGAUUUUUUGCUCUUGGUAAUCCGUAAACUGUUGCGUACAAAUUCACCGUCAGUAAAGAUCAUAUUGAUGUCUGCUACCAUCAACUGUGAAGAAAUUGCUGAUUACUUUGCAAUUCCAACUCAAGACGGUCUGAAUCCAGCCUGCAUUUUUAAGGUGGAAGGCAAACCUUAUGCUGUUGAAGAAUAUUAUCUUGAUGAUUUGAAGCACAUUGUUCAUUUCCAGCUUCCUUCUCAAAGAAUUGAUAAGCCAAUGAUAGGAAAGGAGAUGUACGAGGUAGCAGUGUCUUUGAUUCAGUCAUUUGAUGAGUUGGAGAUGCAGUGCAAUGGGGGGAGUUUUACACCGGACCGUGGAAGUGUACUUGUGUUUUUACCAGGUUUCAGUGAAAUAAGCUACAUGCACUCACGUCUCACACGUAUGUUUAACAAAAAGUGGCAAGUGUACCCUCUCCACUCACGAGUCUCCUUAGAAGAACAAAAUAAUGUAUUUUUGAAUCCAGUUCCUGGCUACAGAAAAGUUAUUCUAUCUACAAACAUAGCUGAGAGCUCUGUAACAGUUCCUGAUGUUAAGUAUGUAAUAGAUUUCUGCUUAACUAGAACUUUGGUCUGCGAUGAGGAAACUAAUUAUCAAAGCUUGAGACUUUGCUGGGCAUCUAAAACAAACUGUUAUCAAAGAAGAGGUCGCGCUGGACGUGUUUCCAAUGGAUAUUGUUACAGGCUUGUACAUAAGGUCUUCUGGACAGACUGUAUCCCAGAGAAAUCACUACCCAAGAUGCUGACUUGUCCACUGGGAACUACAGUAUUAAAAAUAAAAAAGCUUGAUAUGGGAGAACCAAAAGCUUUGUUGGCAACAGCUCUUUCUCCACCCAACAUAAGUGACAUUGAACGUACCAUACUUCAUCUGAAAGAGCUAGGAGCACUUACAGCUUGUGUGCAAGCAGAAGAAAAUCCACAUGAUGGUGAGCUGACUUUCUUAGGAAAUGUGUUAGUACAUUUGCCAGUGGAUCUGCAUCUUGGAAAAUUGAUCGUCCUUGGUCAUGUCUUUGGAUGCUUAGAAGAAUGCCUUAUUAUAGCUGCAGCACUCUCUUUGCAGAACUUCAUUGUAGAGCCUUUCAAGCAGCCUAUUGAUGGAUACAGGAGUAAACUUUUCUUUUCUGGGAAUAGUAAGAGUGACUGUAUUGCAAUUGUGAAUGCAUUUAAGGCAUGGCAGAUGUGCAGACAGAAUGGGGACCUGAGACAUCCCAAGGAUGAGCUUGAGUGGGGUCAAUUAAAUUAUGUUCAUAUCAAGAAAGUCAGAGAGGUGGCAGAGUUAGUUGAGCUUCUGAAAGAAAGAAUCAAACAAUUUAACAUGCACGUUAAUACUCAGCUAUCUGCGAUGGAUCAGGAGUAUGCAUAUAAACAACAUUUCAUUUUGCAGGUUGUAAUGGCUGGUGCUUUCUAUCCAAACUACUUCUCUUUUCAAAAAUGUAAUGAACAAGGUGCAGUGAGGGAGCUUGGUGGCAAAGAUCCAAAAACCACCGUGUUGCUGAAAAAUAUUCCUCCCUAUGGUUAUCUAUACCAUAAUCAGUUGCAGUCACAGUUUAGACAAUGUGGACAAGUAAAAUCUGUUACGUAUGAUGGAUCAAGGGCUUUGAUAGAGUUUUCUCAUAACCCCAUGGAGGGUUUAAAGGUUCUUCCUGCAGUGUACAUGUCAAUCAAAAUGUCACAGCUGAAAAUUCCUCUUGAACUGGAUGUUCAUUAUCCAGAUGAUAUCAAAAAGGAGUUGCAACAUGUGACUGUUAGAAACAUGGACUCUUUAAGAGUGAAUGUGGACUAUCGGAAGCAGACAGUGGAGCCCGUAGAAGUCUCAUUUGGUACUUCACAGCUGUUAAAGAUGAUUCCAAAUCGUCUUCUGUCCAUCAGUGUAACAGAGAUAGUAGAAGUUGGACACUUCUGGGGGUACAGGAUAGAUGAAAAAAAUAGGUCUGUACUCCAGACUCUCACUGCUGAGUUGAACUACCAGAACUUGACAGAUUUGUCAGUGUCUCCACAUCCGGAGUUGGUUUGUCUAGCACCAUUCACUCGUCUUGAAAACACAGGAUACUACAGAGCUCGUAUUCUUUAUGUUUCUGGAGAUUUUGCAGAGGUUUUUUUUGUAGAUUAUGGUGACAGAUCAAAAGUGCCCUUAAAAAAACUGAAAGAUAUUCCAAGCAGUCUUCGAGAGCUUCCUUUCCAGGCUUUGGAAUUCAAGAUAUGCAAGAUGCGACCAUCUGCAAAAUCUCUUGUGUGUGGGGAACGGUGGAGUUACAGCGCUAGCCGGAGGUUUGCCUCGCUAGUAAAUGGUUAUACGCUUCUAGUGGAGGUGUAUUCACUUGUGCAUAGUGCUCUGCAUGUGGAUGCUUUCCACUACACAAGACACAGGGACCUUGUGAAUAUUCGAGAUGUUCUUAUUGAAGAACAUUAUGCUGAACUAGCAGAAGAGUCGUAUGAAUCACAACAAAGCCAUGAUUUGCUGAAAGGAUUUGUUUUUAAUGGAAUAGAGGAAAAAGAGAAAACAUCUGUAUCUUCAAGAGAGGAAGAAAAGGAUCUCAUUGAAAGGUUAUUAAAGUGGUUUUCUGACAACAAAUCUGAUGCACCAACCCAUAAGGUGACAGUCAGUGGCCCGUUCAGUCCUUACGAGGUGAAAUGCCACGGUAUGACUCGGGUAUCCCAGUUCAGAAAUGCUGUUGUGCGAAAGGGAAGCAUAAACUCCGUUGUUGUCCAAGAUGCUCCAGAACACUCCUCUGAGCAAUUUCUGGUUGCUGCGUUUUUAUCAUUAAAUGAAAGUGGAUCUACCAUGUUUUUAGAGGAAACAUCUUUGAUGCCUCCAAUUCCUGGCCUACUUGCUCUCCUUAGUAUGCUGUUUGCUCCUGCCAUAGAACUUAGGGUUGAUAAAGCUUGCAAGUAUUUUACUGGUGCACUGUGUGGUUUGGGUUGGAGUCAGACUUGUAGGGCUCCACUGCUUCCAGAAAAUGACAUGGAACUGACAUUUGAUGUGCAUUUUGAUGUAGAUGACAUAUUGGAGAUCAACAUCCUAAGGGCAGCCAUUAAUAAGCUGCUCUGUGAAUGUGCAGUGUGCUCUGGAAAAGAGAAGAUGCCACAGCUGCAGGAAAGUGUUCGUCAGUUACUUCUACGUUUGAUCUGCAAACCGAGAUCUGGAGUUGUUCCGAAGUGGUAUGAGAAGCCAUAUGCAUGGAAUCAAGUGGAUUCACAUUGUAUUAUUGACCAAUCUGAAAAGAAGCAUAAAAGAGGAGAUAGUCUUUAUCAGCUGCAUCAGCUUGUUAUGUUGAAUGUUUAAGUAUUGCUGAAGUCUUUCAGAGGAAGAAACAAUACAGCCAGUUUAAAAAUGUUCUGUCUUCUGUCUAUAACUGUUAGAAUUUUGUUUCACAAGAUUGUUCUUUAAGAUUAGUGGAUCAAAACAUAGUUUGGCAUAUUUGUAUUUUAAAAGCAGAGGUAUAGUGACCUCAAGCAGAUAUGUUUAUUUCAUAGAGCACGAUGCAUUUUUCUGUUUAAUAAUAAUUCUGAGCUGGUUUAUCACAAUGCAUGUGAAAGACGAAAUAAGUUAGCUUUAAUUGUUCAUUUUGUCUGAAAGCUCAUGAGCCGUGGGUUAUGAUUCAGUCUUGCAACUGAAAGUUGCAUUUCCUUAUUCAUUUUGUCAUUACUUUUUAUUUUUUAUUUUUAAACCUAAAAGCUUGGGAUCAAAGGAAGCUGAAUAUUUAGGUUGUAUUCCAAUCAAAAGUAUAACUUUAUAUGUCAGGCGCAAUCUUUCAUCAAUUUUUCUUACACCAAAACAUAAUGCAUGGUUCCUUUUCCUUUGUGGCAGAAGAAUGCCUUUGAAUUACUGAUUAUUAUUUUUCUGAUUCGUGAGAUCUUUAGCUCUAAAAAUGAGGUCAGUGGUUUCAGAAUAAAAUGUAGAAGCGAAAUACAAUGGGUUUAUCUGUUCUGUUGUGCGGUCGUGCUUAAUAAAAACUAAAUUUAGUUACUAAU